AUGGAGUCAUAUCAAUUGCCAAACAUCAGUUCCGCAAUUGGCCUAGCAGUUACAAUAACCUUAUCAGUUCUGGCAUCUUUAGCGAUUUCCAUAAUACCAGUAUUGUUGAUUUAUCGGCUGAAUAAACAACCAAUUUCAAGAAUACCUACUGAAAAGGAUAUCAAACGGAUUGAUGAAUUGGAAUUAGCAGUGAAAGCUAUUGAAGAAGAAAUGAUUGCAAAACGUAGAAAUUUUUUUACCAGUAAGAGAGUUUAUGAAAAAGUUAUCAGUUUAAUGAUUAUGCAAUCAUAUCCGCGAUUCAAUUGA